UACAGAAGAACCAGCGAUGGCAUCGAAUGUGGUUGUGAUGCAGCAGCCACAGCAUCAGGUUCAGCCUGUUGUCAUGGUCAGAUCCGACGUAUGGAGUACAGACAUUUUUGACUGCUUUGACGACAUGAGUGUCUGCUGCUGUGCGUGUUUCUGUCUCCCUUGUUUUGCCUGCAUGACAACUGGGAACUUCGAUGAAUUUUGUGGACUGCCCUGUUUUGACAUAACCUGUUGGGCUUCCAUGGUCACUCUGGGCAUAGGAUACCUAUACUGUUGUGUUCCCCCGGGCGCUCUGUCCAUAAGAUAUGGAGUGAGGAAACAGUAUGGCAUACAGGGGGCUCUCUGCUCGGACUGCGUAUUAGUGACCUUCUGCAACGCAUGCUCAUGGUGCCAGGUGGCGCGUGAAAUAAAGAGACGCAAGAAGACCUUCGUCAUGAUCAACCCCCAACCCACCGUCAUCCAGAGUCCAGUUGUCCAGAAUACAGUGGUCCAGAGUUCUCCAGUUAUCCAGAAUACAGUUGUCCAGAGUUCUCCAGUUAUCCAGAAUACAGUUGUCCAGAGUUCUCCAGUUAUCCAGAAUUCAGUUGUCCAGAGUUCUCCAGUUAUCCAGAAUUCAGUUGCCUAGAGUCCUCCAGUUAUCCAGAGUCCUCCCGCGGGCUAUGCGAUGUGAUGUAGCUGAUUAGAUCUCUCCUGCUCUCUUUUCCUGCUCGCUGGCUCUCUCUUCCUGCUCUUCCAGCUGUGAUAGAUCAUUUAUAAUCAACCUCUCACCCCUGUAUUUACCCCCUUCUAUAUUCCAAAAAUGCUUCCCUCCUGUAGACAGCCUAUUGACUAUUAUAUAUGACUGUUAAUAAUCAACAUAUCAAUAGUCUAUCUGACAAAAAGAUUGGCAUAAUGUAACAAGAGUGUGAUGAUUAUUUUGUUUAUACAAAUUGUAUCUUUGAAUCUUAAUUGAAUCAUAAUAUUAAUUAAUAUUAAUCUUAACUGAAUAUUAAUAUUAAUUGAAUCUUAAUAUUGCUUUUGCUCCAGUUAUUCUAUAAAUUGAGGCCUUAGAAUGAGAUGUCCUGCCUGGUUUGUGACUGUUUUUAUAUCUUAUAAUUAUUCUGGCUAAUAGAGAAAAACAAACCCACCCCCACUCUCCCUAGGGCAUCUAUCUUGUUUUGUGAAAAAUGUAUUUUGUUAUCGAUUUCACAUUAAAACAC